CACCGCGCCUGCGCCAACUCCCACGUGUCUUCCCCAAGCAUAGACGUCACGUGUGCUGUGAGAUGCUAGCAGGCAUGGUGGAGCUCCAGGAGAAGGCGGCCGAGCCGGCGCGGACGCUCGGAAUCCUUCAGCAGAACCGGGAAUUCCUCGACUUCUUCUGGGACUUGGUGAAACCCGACCAGGAGAUCCGCCUGAGGGCGGUGGAAAAGCUCAUUAAGUACCUGAAAAACAGCAACAAGGAGGAUGAGUUGGAGUACGCCAUCAAGAGGCUGGUGGACGGUCUGGCUCACACCCGGGAGACGGCGAGGCCCGGAUUCAGCCUGGCUCUGGGUCAGCUCCUGGAAUCUUUUGAGGAGCUCCCUCUGCAGGAUAUCCUCCACAGGAUCACCGACAAGCACGACUUGCAAACAGCCAAAAAGAAAUUGAUCAGAACUGCUGCGUUCGGGAGCUUGUUUGGGGUCCUCGCUCUUCAUCAGUCUGGUCGCCUCUGUAAAGAGCCGCUGGUGGUGUUGGGUUGUGUGCAGCUCCUGCAGAACCUCAGCCAGCACAGGCAACACGUGAAGGACCUGCCCAACAAGACCAUGAUGGACAUCCUCACUGAGGUUCCCGAGAAGGUGUUUGAGGAGGUCCUGCUGAGCGCCCUGAAGACUGACCUGGAGUCGGCCUUCAAGACCCCGGAGCAGCUGCAGCUGCUGCUGGUGGCGCUGGAGCGCUUCCCACAAAGCCUCAAGCCCAAAAAGCUGAAAAAGCUGCUGGGCUCCUCCAACAUCAUCAACGACGACAACAUCUCCAAGCUGACUGAGGUUCUGAAGCUGUCUGUUCAGUACGUGAAGAAGGAGUGUGUCCUUCCUGCCGUCUUCAUGGACCUGCUCAAGCUCUCCUUGAGGGAAAAUAGCUUCCAGCUUUUCUGGAAUGGAGCCAUCGUGGAUGGAAUGUUGUGGCAGCCGCCAGGACCCGCACACUACAUCAGCUUCCGCCUGUUGGGCAGCGCUCUGCCGCUGCUGUCGCUGGCCCAGCUCAAAGAGGUGCUGUCUGGGAAGGUGAUGAAGCAAUACGGCGAGCACUUGGUGGCGUCUGCUCAGAAACAAGAUCGUUUCAAGUUGGCGCCAGAGAUGGACACGUACGUGUCAGACUUCCUGCAGGGCUGCGAGGACGCCGACAAGCAGAUGGCGGUGAUGGUGGCCUUCUCCUCGCUCGCCCACCGGGGCUCCCCGGUGGUGCCGUGCGUGUGGCGCGUGGUGCAGCACCUGCGGCCGCCGGCGCUGCGGAGCUACGUGGCGUGGCUGAAGAGCAACUUCCUGGACCCGAGGAUGGAGCGGCUGCUGCACUUGAGCGUCCGCAAGCAGAAGAAGGAGCAGAAGAAGGAGCGCUGGCAGGAAGAGCAGGAUUGGAAAGACUCGUCCCGCCUGAGGAAGUGGAUCCUGGGUAGACUGACCUCCAUCGUGGACAACCACCAGGUGAAGAAGGACGAGGACACCAUCAUGGAAGUGGCCAGGUUCAUCUUCUUCCACGCCUUCUUCAGCACCAAGAAGGCGAGCGCCGACAUUCCAGAGACGGAGGAGCAGCUCCAUGUCCCGCUGGACGCCGCAACCAGAGCAGCGAUGGUCAAUUUCUUCUUUGGACUGCUGAUGUCCAUGCACAACCUGCCGCUGGCUGACGACACGGCGAAAGAGCAGGCGCCGAACCACAAGCGCACUCUGGGCGUGACGGCGGAUGGCACCUUGUGGAUCUACCACCUGGUCGAGUACGCCCAAGUCCUGCUCAGCAAGCCAAAACUUGUGCAGAGCGCCCAGACCUUCAGUCUUGAGCAGAGGCAGGCCUGGGACAGCAUGCUGGAGUCGGUGGCCAGCCUGAAGAAGAAAGCCAAGAAAGGACACUCCGCUGAGAGCCGCGCCUUCCAGCAGCUCUUCCUCUUGGUCGGCCUGCACCUCUUCAAGGCUCCAGAUGAGCUCCUGGACAUUAUGAGGGACCUGCAGAGCUGCGUGAACAAAGCCCAGCUGGCGACCAAGAAGAAGAAGGCGAAACAAGCCAGCAAGCAGGAGGAGGCGGAGCCAGAGUGGGUGGAGGUGCUGGUGGACAUCCUGCUGUCCCUUCUCUCUCAGCCGAGCCGACACAUUAGGCAGGUGUGCAAGACCGUCUUCACCUCCAUCUGCCCCCACGUCAACGCCGCCGCCCUCACCGCCAUCUUGGAUGUCCUGGACCCGGACAGAGACAGCAUGGAGGAAGGCACCGUAGUCGUUGUGGAGGACAACAAGAAAGCUGACAAAGAUGAAGAGAUGGAUGAGGAGUCUGACACGUCAGAUGAUGAUGAUGAUGAGGAGGAGGAGGAGGAUGAUGAGGAGGAGGAGGAUGAAGAGAUGGAGGAGCAGGAGGUUGACCAAAAAUUCAAAAUGGACUUGAUGAAGGUGUUGCAGAAGAACAAUGCUCUGGCCAGAGAGGAGGAUGGCAGCGACGAUGACGAUGACAUGGACGACGACUCCAUGAUGAAACUGGACAAGAGUCUCUCGGCGCUCUUCUCGGAGCAGAAGAAGAAGAUGCAGGCCAAGAAGGACGAGAAGACCAAGCUGCAGAAGGAGAAGACGCUUGUGCGCGACUUCAAGAUCAAGGUGUUGGACCUGGUGGAGGUGUUUGUCUCCCGGCAGGCCGGAAGUCCUCUGGUUCUUGGCCUGGUGCAGCCUCUGCUGUCAAUCAUCGACCGAGGGAUGAACUCAGGCAGCGAGCAGCAGGAGCAGGAGUUCCUCCGCAGGGCCGCCGACAUCUUCAAAAACCAGCUGUGCAGGUCCAAGGUGUACUGCAAGACCGCCGCCGACAGACAGGGGGAGCUCCACGACCUGCUGGAGAAGCUGAUGGAAAAAACGCAGAAGUUGGCAGACUCCUCCGUCUGCCUCUACUACUUUAGCGCCUCUGUCUACCUGAUCAAAGUGCUGCGAGGAGCGCCUGCCGACGCUGAGACACGGUUCAUGGGCAACGUGGACGUGGAGAAGGUCUCUGCCAUCUUCAGGGCGGCGCUGGGCUCCUUCAUGAGUCGCAGGAAGAGCGCGCUGACCGGCCAGAUGUUCGCCGACUUGUUCAACAGGUUCCCGGUUUUGUGUGUCAACCUGUUAGAUGCGACUGUACAAAACAUCACAACAGGAGUAAGAGAGCACCAGCAGGGCCAGGCGUGUGUUUUGGUGCUGCGGGCCAUGCAGAACAAGGAAGUGCAGCAGCUGAUGAGCGGCGCUCCGUGGGUGGCGUUCUGCACCAAGGUGGUGGCUCAGCUGGUUGUGGCUCUCGAUCUCUCGGGCCAGACGGAGAACAAGGUGCUGAGGGACAAGGUGGUGAAGCUGCUGGAGCUGUGUCAGUUCCUCGUCAAACACGUCCGCCAGCAGACUCUCUCUGUGGACCUGGAAACUCUCAAGAAUGUCCUGCAGCCCAUGACCAACGUCCUGACCUUCAAGAACACGGGCACGCUGGAGGACACGUACUGGGCUGUGAUGAAACACCUUGGAGUCAUAAAGCCCAAGGCGGAAAAGACAAAGCCCGUCAAGGACGCCAGCCAGCCGACGCCGCCGCCACCGCCUGCCAAAAAAAAGCGGAAGGGCUUCCUGCCAGAAAGCAAAAAGAGGAAAAAACGUCCGCAGCCCGUCUUGGAGCCUGCAAUGGCAAUGGCGGCGGCGGCGGGGGAGGGGGGCACCUCUGGCCCAGCGGCGCCAAGAGGAGACAACAAGAAGGGCAAAAACAACAAGAGAAAACAAAAGCGAAAGGCGGAUGGCGCUGCGGCGUCGCAGGGAGGCCCGGCCAAGAAGAGCAAGACGCAGCCAGACAAGAAGAAGAAGAAGAAGAAAAAAGGUGCUGGAGGACAAAUUUAAAUCCUUCUUUUUAUCUCACAUGGACGCCAACAAUAGCUUUUUUCUUUACUUUUCCAUCAGCUGACCUUGUAACGCCAUCAUUCCUAGGAAACACAAUAAAUACUUUGCAUGCA